GUGUGUGAGGAUGAGAGAGUGUUGCCAGAGCUGCGUGGUCACCCUCCUGGCCUGCUUGGUUCUUCAAGCGGCAGUGGGUGUGGCAUACCAGGGUCCACCGUCCUACUAUUGGUCGAGAACGCGGACUGGUUCCUCCCACUUUUCGCAACGACCACACAUUGGACCGCUGCCACACGUCAACGAGGUCAUGACGGAGUGGUCGCGUUGGAGCUCCUGGGCCACGUGUUCCAGGUCGUGUGGAGGAGGAGUCAGGUCCAGGAGUCGAACCUGCGUCACCAGGUUUCCAAGGGUGAUGCCCGGAUCCGGGGUACGAACCAGCCAUGACCAGUGCAGUGGUCAGAGCGUGGAGUACGGUGUGUGUGGGAGGCCAGUGUGCCCACCUGGGCAGGUGUCAGCGGUGUCGUUCAGGGCGGCACAGUGCCGGCACUACAACAAUAGGCGAGUCUUCGGCAGACUGGUCAACAACUGGGUCCCCUACACUCAAGGGGGCAUCAACCCGUGUGCCUUGGUGUGCGAGGGCGAGGGCGAGGGCAUCGUCUACACCUUCGGCAAGGUCACGGACGGCACCCACUGCAAGACUGACCUUUCCCAGGAUGGUCUCUGCGUCAACGGACGAUGCCUGAGGUUGUCGUGUGAUGGUCGUCUUGGAGGCAGUGCGAGGGAGGACCAGUGUCGUGUGUGUGGUGGUCGUAACGACACAUGUACCCACCAUGUUGGUGUGUUCCAUACUGACCUGCCAGCCUCCGACCAGCCCAGCGGCCGUGCCCACUCCAGAACACGAACCAGUGAGUAACCCACUCCAGACCAC